AUGGCCACAGAGGUUUUGACGGAUCUUGAUCCUCCUAAGCCUUCUGCAACAUCCCCCAGUCUAGAUGUGCCGUGGGUAGAAAAGUACCGGCCUGUUCUUCUGUCAGAGAUUGUCGGGAAUGAGGCUACCGUGCAGCGUCUUGAAUCAUUCUCAUGCAGCGGCAACGUGCCCCAUAUAAUAAUUGCGGGACCACCUGGCUGCGGUAAGACAACCAGCAUUCUCUGUCUGGCCCGUGCUCUUCUCGGCAAUUCGUACAAAGAUGCGGUGUUAGAGUUAAACGCUUCUAAUGACCGUGGCAUCGAUGUCGUACGGAAUCGAAUCAAAAUGUUUGCUCAGAAAAAGGUUACCCUACCACCCGGGCGCCAGAAAUUUAUAAUUCUCGAUGAAGCUGACAGCAUGACUGAGGGUGCUCAACAGGCUCUGCGCCGGACUAUGGAAAUUUACUCGAAAACAACACGCUUCGCACUGGCCUGUAACGACUCUUCUAAGUUGAUCGAACCCAUUCAAUCCCGGUGCGCUGUGUUACGCUACUCGAAGCUAACUUCAGUUCAGCUUAUGACACGGCUACUACAAGUGGCGAAGGCGGAGGGAGUUGAUUACACAGAAGAGGGUUUAGAGGCUGUUGUUUUCACUGCUGAAGGUGAUAUGCGCCAGGUUAGUAAUGAUUUCACAUUGUACACACAUGUCAUGACGCGCUUGUCGAAAGCCUUUGCGGAAGCUUGGAGUGAUGAUUGCUAA